AUGGAGCUAUUGUUACGGAACCCUAUUCAACGAUCGUUACGUUCGACGUCUCGGUUCAUCAAUGUAAAUGCUAUUAAGAAAUGUCAUUAUAAUCAAUUAAUAUCCCCCAAAUUAUUUAAAAAGUUGGAUGUGAGUACUAUACGAUCGAGGCCUCUAUUGAUAAAUAAUUACCCUAUUAAUAACUCACUCUCUAAAUCAUUUCAUUCUAUUUCAUACUUGAAUGCAAAGGAUAAUGCAUUAUAUAGAAAAAGAAAGAAUAAAAAAAAUGAACUGUUAAAGAAUACUACUAAUGUAUUUACUAGAUUAAAGAUUCAUACAAGAUGGUUUUUGAAAAAAUCUACAAACCCUUUCAAUGUUGAUGAUAUUGGUGCUCUUAUUUCAUGGAUCCUUGUUAGUCAUGUCCUUGUAUUCAUUAUUUGGACAACUACAUUUGUGUCAUUAAUAAUAUAUUUAAUGAAUACAGUACUUGCACAAGAAUAUUUAGCUAAAAAAAUUGGUAAGUUAAUUACAAGUAAUAAUAAUUUAACUGUAAUAUUUGAAAAUGCUAUUGUACCAAGUUGGUCAUCAGGGAAAAUUACUUUCAGUAAAGUAUUCGUCUCUAGAAGACCAUAUGGAGAUGAUGAUACGUUUAAUAAAGGUUCUCAACAGGAUGCUAUGCAAAGAGCUACUUUAGCGUUAAGUGAAGAUUUAUUAGUAAGUAGAGAUGAUUUUGAAGAAGGUAAUUACACACAAUUUGAUUUAACUAUCGAAGAAGUUCAAAUAUCUGUAAGUUUUACUAAGUGGAUAAAUGGGAAAGGUUUUAUAGAUGAAGUAUCUAUUAAUGGUUUAAGAGGUGUUGUAGAUAGAACACAUUUAGAAUGGAAACCAAACGAUGACCCAAGAAAUUAUAGAAAUAUUUAUCAUGUUGGUGAUUUAGAGAUUGCAAAAUUUAUAAUGAAUGAUGUUCUUGUGACAUUAUACCAACCAAAUGGAUUUAGACCAUUUCAAGUGAGUGUAUUUAAUUGUGAAUUACCACAAUUAAGAAAACAUUGGUUAUUUUUUGAUAUUUUAAAUGCAACCAGUAUUAGUGGUACUUAUGAUAAUUCAAUGUUUACAAUUCAUAGAAAGAUUAGAUUUAAUAAAGAUGACUCUAAAUCAAGGAUUGUCACUCAACUAAGAAUAGAUAAUUUAGAUAUUGAUCAUCUGAAUGCAAGCAUGGAAGGUCCCUUUGGAUGGAUAGCAGAGGGAUCAGUUGAUAUGAUCGCAGAUAUUUUUUUACCCGAUGAACAUAGUGAUUCAUUUGCAUUAUCUGAAUUAAUUACAGAUGUCAGUAAUAAGAUUUUAAAUAGAAUAGAUUCUGACCCACAUGAUUCUCAACAAGAAGAAAUUAUUAGUACGAAAAAUUUAAAAAAAUUAGAUUAUAAGAAAUUAGAUCCAAAUCAAUAUUUUGUAAUGGAUUUUUUCUUAAAAUUAAACAAUGUUAAAGCUGAAGUUCCUUUAUUUACAUCAGAAUUAACUUAUACAAAUAAUGCUUUAAUAAGACCUAUUGUAGCAUAUAUGAAUUCACGUAGAACUUAUAUUCCAAUUAAAUGUAUGGUAGUUAAAGAUAAAUCGGAUUUUGAAGGUUGUUGGACCAUCUAUGAUUCAUAUCUAAUGAAUGAUUUAAGCGAUGAAGUUUAUGAUGCUUUUGCUAAUUAUGUAACUGAUGAACAAAGAAGAUCAAUUCGUGUUAAAAAGGUUACUUUCUGGUCAUUACAAUUAUUGUUACAAUUAAUCCUUAUGGGAUUAGGUGCAAUCGCAUAA